CUAGGUAGGUAAGGUAUUUGCAAGGUGCAUGUAGCUCGAGACACUUUUCGACUGUUAAGAUUGUUCUAAGUUUUCUUCAAAUUCCGUUUGCUCAUCGAAAACCCUUCCCUUUUCAACCUCCCAACACCAUUCGCACAUCAAAAAAACUUCUUCUCAGCAUGGAUUCAUUCGAUGAUGAACUCCCCCCCGAUCUCGUCGAUACGAGUAAUUCUCUCAACGAAGAUGAUAAGCCAAUCAAGGUGCCAAUAACGAUAGUCACUGGCUAUCUUGGUGCGGGAAAGACCACUUUGCUCAACUAUAUCCUUACGGCGGAACAUGGCAAGAAAAUUGCCGUUAUUAUGAAUGUGAACUACAUAAACUUUCCGAUUCAUGGGCCUGAAACAUGGACUAACUCCAUGGCCGUAGCUCUGGACAUCGAAAAAUCGCUCACUGUUAACAAGGAUGGGGAGUCGGUCGAGGAAUGGAUGGAAGUUGGCAAUGGCUGCAUCUGUUGCUCAGUCAAAGAUACUGGGGUGGCUGCCAUCGAGUCUUUGAUGGAAAAGAAGGGCAAAUUUGACUACAUAUUAUUGGAGACGACUGGGUUAGCAGACCCUGGUAACCUCGCUCCCCUGUUUUGGGUCGACGAGGGACUCAGCAGUACCAUCUAUCUGGACGGCAUUGUCACCUUGGUCGAUGCUAAAAACAUCCUCCGCAGCUUGGAUGAUCCAUCUGGCAAAGUCGAAGGCCAUGAAGAAAGCGAUGCUCAUGGGCCAGUCAUGACGACUGCCCAUGUGCAGAUAUCGCAUGCCGACGUUAUUGUUAUCAACAAGUCCGAUCUGGUAUCUGAGGAUGAACUAGAAACCGUCAAGGGCAGGAUACAAUCCAUCAAUGGUCUUGCCAAGCUGCAUAUUACCAAACAGAGCAUCGUCCCCAAGCUCGAGGGUUUCUUGCUUGACCUGCACGCCUACGACAGCGUUGAAGGCCUGGAUUCAGCUUCUGCCAAAGGCCACAGCCAUCUAGACCCGACGAUAUCGACACUAUCUAUUCCGAUUUCAACACUUGAUCCCAGUCAAGUGAGUAAGGUAGACGGGUGGCUAAGGUCUGUCCUCUGGGAUAACAAACUACCCGGUGACGCAGCUCAAGGCAAGACGCCGUUCGAGAUACACCGUGUGAAAGGGCGACUGGAACUCUCAAAUGGAGAUAUCAAACUGAUACAGGGCGUACGAGAACUCUUUGAGAUCUUUGACGGACCUCAGGAGGCAGCAGCAGAGUCCAAUGGUGGCAAGAUAAUACUGAUUGGAAGGCACUUGCAGCAGUUUGAUUUUACCGAAAGCCUUAGAUCGUCUCUCAAUUGAGCAAUCGAAUAUUGGACAUAUAAAACUAUUCGAGUGUUUUGAGAUGUUAAUAAAUGAAUGGAUGACCAAGACACA